UCACAAUUUUGCCCGAACGGAAGCCAGGAAGCCUUUCGUGAGAGAUAAAAAUCGAAACAAGAGAACGAGCUUAGAACCACAAGAGAUCCACAAUAUUACAUUCAAUUAAACUCAUACGAAAUAAUGAAGAAUCAGUUGAAGGCCCUAUCACUCGGAGAUGGUAACGAUCUAACUCCAGACCUUACGGUCGACAUGAAGAAGCUACAAACUUUCAAAACCGAAGUAGUUAAUGAUGGAAAGAAGGCAGAGGCAAUGAUCAAAGAUUGCGAGGAAAUAUACCAGGAUUGGAAGAAGAUUUUAGCUUCUGCCUCAUACCUUACGAGUGAAUAUCCUACGAUCUUAGACGCCUUUCACCAGACUGAGCUAGUAGAAUCGGACUUCAAGUCUGGGGAUAUUUUGAAAGGUGUUGAAGAGAUGGAAAAAGUAUACGAGGACAUCGAGGAGGUGUAUCAGAGUCGUGCUCAGCUUAUGCAUUCAUUCAUUGCCAUUGAACGCUGGACAGGCAAUAUCGAUCUGAUUGUUAAGCAAGCGAUUGAUUUUUGCGAAAAACACGAUCAAAAGGCAAAAGAAAAAGCAGAGGAAGCAGAGAAGUCUUUGAAGCUUCGCUUGAGGAAAAUGGAGUCCAGGAUUUUGCACAGAAUGCAUCUAGACCAUCUCCUGGUGAAAAUGGGCAAAGGACUUGAUAAAUCAACGAUUGAAUCUUCUGAGCCGGAACCGACCACGGUUGUCAAAGAAGAAACGAAAACGAUCGUGGUGAAGCACAUUUCGAUGAGAGAGGAAGCCGAGAAAUUCGCAUCAUCAGUAGAAGAAGAUACGAAAGCUCUCGUUGUUGAAGCCGAAAAUAUUGAGGAUUUUAUGAAAAAGAACAAAACCACGAUUGACGCUUUUGUGAAUGACUCGAAAGAAAUUAAGAAAGAUUGGGGUGCUUCCCUGAAGGCAAUCGCAAACGUUCAGUCCAUUAUUCCAUUGGUCACGAAAGCAUUGGAUGAGGUCGACGCCAUUGGAAAUCUUAUCCAGGAUGCAUGCGGCGCUGCUUCUCUAAAUCCAACUGCAAUUAUUGCAGUCAUCAAAGAUGGCAAGAAAGCCUGGGAUGACUUUGAGGCAAUCUAUCAACUUGGUCAAAAAAUCAAACAAGUUUUUGAACACCUAGUUGUUCUGGAAGCAUUUAUUAAAGCAACCGUUCAAUUGAUUAGUACGGGCCGUGUCUUAGUCAAAGCAUAUCAAGCUUCCUGCGGUCCCAUUAAACUUUAGGAACUUUCCCCAACCAUGAUGGAGCUUCUAAGGGGUCAGUCCUGGUGAAUACUGGGGGUGCAGAAAGAGAGAUAGUGUGCAUCCUGAAUGUAAAAAUGAGAAGUUUACCUCAAUGCAUUCACCGCCAAAAUUGUAGUAGAGUUUAAGUUUAAGAUAGUAAUACUACUAGGGUUAUUUUCAAACUCUUUUCAAUCAUCACAAAUCAUGAACUAAACUGAACCACCAUAU